CGAUAUUCAGUCCCCGGCAAACGCCGUAGUGGGCCCUUAUCUCCGGACAUCGCCAUCAACCCAGGGUUCUUAAUUCGAUCAAUCUCCCCGCUAACUUACCAUAGAUACCUAGUCUCUGUUACCACAUUUUCCACAAAUUACUUAUAGUAGCAACUGUUAAGACAUUGGGUGCCUACAACCGGCUACCGGAAGUAAUAAGUCCCUGUCGCCUCGUUGCACAAUAGGCCGACGAAACAUCUUGGCAAUCAUUUAGUGAUGGAGGCGAAACCCGGCGCGGCGGCCGGAUCAACGCCGAAUCUAUUUCCGGAGCGCAAACCAAUGACACCGGCGCAGGUCGCUGCAGGUAUCAAAGCAGCACUAACAGUGCAGCGCCGAGCUGUCACAUUUGGGAAGAGACCUUUUGCCGCAGUGUUGAUAGGACCAGAUAACGACGAAGUGCUACUGUCGCAUCAGUCAGUCGACCAGGUCAACCACGCAGAGAGUUCCCUUGCAAGGCUCGCGUACAAGCAUUACCCGAAGGAAUUCUUAUGGCAAUGUACUCUCUUUAGUACAUGGGAACCGUGUGGCAUGUGCACUGCCACUAUCUAUUGGGCACAUAUCGGUCGCAUUGUUUUCGCAGGUAGCAACGACCAAUUGUAUGAAUUGACCGGUCCAGGUAAUAAGGAGAACUUUACCAUGAACUGGCACACUAGGGACGUCUUGAAGGGUUGCCCACAGAAGGAUAUUGAGGUCAUUGGGCCAUUGGAAGACGAGGGCAAAAUCGUUGUCGAAGAUAGUGACCGGUAUUGGAGUCAGACUAGAUAGUUGGUGAUUAAACUUAUAAUGAAUGCUUUUAUGUAGGCUGGUAGAUCUGAGAUUGAAGAUUUCUACUGUGAGAUAUAUUUAGUUAGAAACGGGUUUCAAGAGAUCGCCCAUGUGUGCAUGACUGCAUGUCAUCUCAGUUUCGUUUCUGACGGAUGUAACUGGGUAGCUGCUGGAUCGAUGAAACUGGUUUGCUGCGCAGGUACCCGCCUUUUGAUCAGGAAU